AGACUUUUUUUUGGCUAGUUGUUACCUCAAUUUGCUUAGAUUAAGCUUUACCCUUUUUCCCUCUGAAAAAGAAAAUUUCCUUUCUAUUUUCAGGGAAGUAGUCAUUGUUCAAUGUUGAAGCAAAUUCAUGGCUACUCUAAGUGAUAUUGGACUUGCAGCAACUAUCAAUAUUCUCAGUGCAUUUGCUUUCUUUUUGGCAUUUGCGAUUCUUCGGAUUCAACCGGUGAAUGACAGGGUUUACUUCCCCAAAUGGUAUAUCAAAGGUUUAAGGAGCAGCCCUUUGGCGAAUGGUGCAUUUGUAAGCAAGUUCGUGAAUUUGGACUUCAGGUCAUAUGCCAGAUUUCUCAACUGGAUGCCUGCUGCACUCCAAAUGCCAGAGCCCGAGUUGAUCGACCAUGCUGGAUUGGAUUCCGCUGUUUACUUGAGGAUUUACUUGUUGGGGCUAAAAAUAUUUGUUCCUAUUGUGUUCUUAGCAUUUACAAUCAUGGUACCAGUUAAUUGGACCAAUAAUACCCUGGAACAUUCAGGCUUAACAUUCAGUGACAUCGAUAAGCUCUCCAUAUCAAAUAUUCCAAAUGGAUCAGAAAGAUAUUGGACACAUCUGGUCAUGGCUUAUGCCUUUACUUUUUGGACAUGCUACAUGCUGAAACGAGAAUAUGAGAUAGUAGCAGCAAUGAGAUUACAUUUCCUUGCAUCAGAACAACGGCGCCCAGACCAAUUUACGGUACUGGUAAGAAAUGUCCCACCUGAUCCCGAUGAAUCAGUUAGUGAGCUUGUCGAACAUUUCUUUCUUGUCAACCAUUCAGAUCACUAUCUCAGUCAUCAGGUUGUUUAUAAUGCUAACAAGCUUUCAGGAUUGGUCAAGGAGAAGAAGAUAAUUAAUAAUUGGCUCGACUACUAUAAAAACAAAUACGAAAGGAAUCCAUCUAUGAGACCUUUACUGAAGACGGGUUUCCUUGGCCUUUGGGGAGAAAGCGUAGAUGCAGUCGACUUUUAUACAGCGAAAGUUGAGAGAUUAUCUAGAGAUAUAUCCGCGGAGAGGGAGAAGAUUACUAACAACCCUAAAUCAAUCAUGCCGGCAGCAUUUGUUUCCUUCAAAACUCGAUGGGGAGCUGCUGUUUGUGCACAAACUCAACAAUGUAGGAACCCGACUAUAUGGUUGACCGAGUGGGCUCCGGAACCACGAGACGUGUACUGGGAAAACCUUGCAAUUCCAUUCGUUUUUCUCACAAUCCGGAGGCUCAUUGCAGCUGUUGCAUUUUUCUUCCUUACAUUCUUUUUCAUGUUUCCUAUCGCAAUCGUACAGUCCCUUGCUAAUAUAGAGAGCAUUGAGAAAGCACUUCCUUUCCUUAAACCUAUAAUCCAAGCGAAAUUCAUAAAGUCAUUCAUUCAAGGCUUUCUCCCUGGGAUUGCUCUGAAGAUAUUUCUUAUAUUUCUGCCCACAAUAUUGAUGAUAAUGUCGAAGUUCGAAGGAUUUAUUAGCCUAUCAGAUCUGGAAAGGAGAUCAGCAAGUAGAUAUUAUUUCUUCCAAUUUAUCAAUGUGUUUCUCGGGAGCAUAAUCACUGGAACUGCAUUUCAGCAACUAAAUCAGUUCAUACAUCAGUCUACCAAUGAGAUACCAAAGACAAUUGGUGCGUCAAUUCCAAUGAAGGCAACAUUCUUCAUUACUUAUAUAAUGGUGGACGGUUGGGCUGGAGUUGCUGCCGAAAUACUGAGGUUGAAACCCUUGAUAAUCUACCACUUGAAGAAUUUCUUCUUGGUUAAGACCAAAAAGGACCGGGAAGAGGCAAUGGAUCCCGGAACCAUUGGUUUCAAUACUGGAGAACCUCAAAUACAGCUCUACUUCUUACUCGGUCUUGUUUAUGCUGUGGUUACUCCUAUCUUGCUUCCUUUCAUAAUCGUGUUCUUCGGGUUGGCUUAUGUCGUAUACCGUCAUCAGAUCAUAAAUGUCUACAAUCAAGAGUACGAAAGUGCUGCUGCAUUCUGGCCUGAUGUUCAUCUACGUAUCAUUGUCGCAUUAAUCGUCUCGCAGCUGCUACUAAUGGGAUUAUUGAGCACAAAAGAAGCUGCCUCAUCGACGCCAUUGCUUAUCACCCUUCCUGUAUUGACCAUAUGGUUCCACAGAUUCUGCAAAAAGCGGUAUGAACCGGCUUUUGUCCGGUAUCCUUUACAGGAAACAAUGAUGAAGGAUACAUUGGAGCGAGCAAGGGAACCGUACUUGAGCUUGAAAGGGUUCCUUCAGAAUGCCUACAUGCACCCGGUUUUCAAAAGUGCCGAUGACGACGACAUCGAUCUAGCCAUGCGAGCGUCCUGGGAAGAGGAACCUUCCCUCGUCGCUACGAAACGCAAGUCGAAAAGGUCUACACCGUUUUCAAGCAAACAUGUUGGAUCAUCCCUCUUCCUGCCUGAAGCAAACACAGAGAUCAAAGCCUGAAAAAUGCUUUAAGUUUUGUGGUUCAUA